GUCGGGACACGUGGUAAAAAUGGCAGAGGCAGACUCAUGGGACGCUGAGUCGUUUGAGCCCGACGAUGUAAAAAAGCCGGUCGCGUUUGACAAGUGGGAAGGCGAAGACGAGGAGGAAGACGUGAAGGACAAUUGGGAUGACGAGGAAGAAGAACUGAAAGAUGAAGAAAAGAAAACAGAAACAACACUGUCGACAAAGAAGAAACUAAAUGAAAAAAUAAAAGAAAAAGAAGAUUUACAAAGAAAAAAACAGAUGGAAUUGAAGAUACAGUUAGAGGAAUCCCAGGACGACAAAGAGCUCACACCAGAGGAGGAUUUGGCAGAGAAACUCAUAGAAGAAAAACUACAGGAGGAUUCCCUUGUGAAGCUGGACGGUGAAGCUUUCGGUGUCUCAAACAACGUCACGGGAAUUGACGGCAUCAGCCCUUCCUCAAAAGAUGACUUCACAGAGUUUGAGAAACUGUUGAAGGACAAGAUUUCCCCUUAUGAGAAGUCCAUACAUUAUUCCGGUUUCCUAGAAUCAUUGUUCCGAGACCUCUGCCUGUCCUUGGAGGUGGAGGACUUGAAAAAAAUUAAUGCUUCCAUCACAGUUUUACUCAGUGAGAAACAGAAACAAGAGAAGCAACUGAAUAAGGGCAAGAAGAAGAAGAAAGGAACUACUGCUGGAGGUGGGCUUAAGGCCAAGAUGAAGGACGACCUGGCCGACUAUGGGGAGUUGGAUGGGGGUUAUACACAGGACUAUGAGGACUUCAUGUGAUACCUUCUGUCAGUAUUCCUCUUCUUGCUCAAACAUCUUCUAUCGCUGCUUCAAGCCAUCCAUCGGAACCCAAGUAUCAACUAAAACAUAUAAUACUGUCACAGGUACAAAGAGCGUUUAAUCAGUAUAUUUUUUUUAGGAAAUAAUCUGCCUUGUAGGAAAAUUAUCUGCCUUGGGUUGACCAUCCCAUGUCAAUGCUCCCUCAGAUUGGAAGGAAAACACUUCGCCUGUGGUAUAUAUUUAAAAGAUGGAAAACAGUCUUUCCAUCUCUGCCAUUCUUGGCUAAAUUUGAUCUCUGGUCCACCAAAAAUGUUCCAAGAUUGGUGAGAUGGACUACAUUUGUUGUUCUAUGCAAAGUAGAAUUUCCCUGAACAAAUGUCAUGUUUUUAUUUGUGUCAAGUCAAUUUUGUUUGUAUAGCCCAUUACAGAUUUGCCUCAGUGGGCUGGGUCUUGACAUUCCUGAGAUGUAACUGUUACACAUUGGCUUAGAAAAAAAACUUUGCCUGGUACAUGUAUUGCAUCGGCAGUGCAUUGCAUUUUCAAGUGUACAUUUCCAAAAAGAUGACUCAUAAACCUGAGCUGUCAUUUCAGUUUUAAGUAUUACGUUUGGCUAAAGGAAAGGUUGGGAAAAUGUGGUACUUGGUGUGUCUACUGUCGCAUACUUGCAGACUCUUCCCAUAACAACAGGAAUGCAUUGCUUAUGCAUUCCUGUUGUUGUGGGAAGAAUCUAAGAAUCCUUAGAUUCUUCAUGCAAGUCGAAUGAUGUUGCCUUAAAAAAAGAUUGUUCCAAAAUUACCGCCAGUGAAGAUAUAAAAAUGAAGCAUACAUUUGCAUUUGAUUUAAUUUUCAGCCAUGUUUUUAUAGUUGCUAAAUGUUGUCCUUGUUCUGUCAAUGUGUUAGCAACAGUCCCUCCACAGGACAACAGUGUUUAAUGUCGUGUCCAUCCUGCAUAUCUUGGGGGAAUUGUGUCUCUUCUGAGGUCAAAAUGUUUGACCCCCCCCCCCCAUAGUCCCACUUAAAUAUUCCCAGCCUUCCCUUUAAGAAUAUUUUCACAUAACACUGCCUUUAGUAAUAUUGAAUAAUAUUUGAAUAUAACUAUCUAUGAUGGUAGAAAAAAUCUUUUUGAGUUUUUAGGUUUUUUUUUUUUAAGAUACCGUAUUUCUUAUAGUAUUUGGGCAGCAAACGCUGUGUUGUCACUCUAGUAGUAAAGCGGCGAAUUCCUGCAGGAUAUUUUCAGACAGCUGUUGGAAACCUGAACACCAGUCCGCUAGUCCACAACCACAUUCAUGCAAAUAUACUUAAGUCUGUUGUUACCUUCACACAAACAGGGUGCUGUCGAAAAGUGUCGGAUGGAACAUGUGUUUGUUGACAAUAAACUACAGGUUUGUAGUUUAUUGUCAACAAACACUGCUUUGUCUUAACAAAGACUGACAGCUGAUUUAAUUCCAGAAAAGGGAUAUAGUAUUUCAAAAAAACAAAAAAAAAGAUCAGAUAUGAGGCCUGAAGUUGGAAGUUGUGUCUGCCGGUGGUGGGGCAACGCUACAAUACAGAAUAUCGCUCUAAAGAAAAGAAAACCUGUCUGGAUGAAAAUAUGAGUAUUUUCAUGUCAUUAUAAGCCUUGUAUGAAGAUGCAGCAGUUUCUUUGCUGUUAGACGACACCGAAAAACUGUUAUUAUUGGGUGAUGGGAGACCAAACUGCUAUUUUAAAUUCCUCUCUGUGCUAUUUUGCCUACAGUUUUGAGUAUUUCAAGAAACUGUGGGAUAACAUGUUUAUUAAGAGGGACUGUUGUAUAGUAUGCAACCCUUGUAUUAUAUCGUGUCACACCCCAUCUCCUUUUCCUAUUUCUUUAAACAGGACCAAUUCUGAGUUGGUGAAGUAACAAUACCACGAUUUGUUGCUAUGAAUAAUUUAUUGGGGAAAAAACAAAUAAAAUUGCGUGUAAAAUG